CAAAGUUGUCAAUAGCGUUUACGUCCAGUCCAAAUUCAGACCACAUUACUUGGUAAACUCAAUUCGAAGCCACUAGACAUAUAUUUUUGUAUUAUUUUAUAAGAGAUUCCUUCCGUGAUGAAGCAAUUCGCACUGACAACAUGCAUUCGUCGUAUCUGGAUCAUGUCCGGAUGGCUGCGCCAGGAGGCGGCAAUAGCAGCCGGCAUGUUGGUGAUGCAGCGACAUCAGGUCGAGCUGAGGGAGGAGGAGGAGCUCAAGGUCGAACAGCAGGCUGCACCCAGUGGCGGCGACGUGGGUGUCGACUCGCAAGGAAGAGUCCGGAGUGUGCGGCUGCUGGACGACUACAUCCUGCCCCUUGAAUGCGGUCUUUGACUUUUGAUCCGCAACUUCUGUUCACCGAUCUGGUUCUGAGCUGGAGGGCAGUUAAUUAAUUACGCAUUCGGAGUAGUUCGACGUGGUCUGAUUUGUGGAACCAGAUCUCCAAAUUUUGGUUGGGCCAACGGAGUCAUCACUGAUUUAAUUUUGGGGUCGUAUGCUCUAUGUGGACGGAGAACGAAAACUUAACAAAUAUUUGAAUCAAAAAAAUAGUCCCAAAAGGCGAUCUUGUUAAUGUAAAAUUUUAUAUUUUCAAAAGUAGUUCGCGUUAGUCUCGACGUUUUAGCGAAUUUCAAAUAAACAAUAGUAACUAUAGUAAACAAUA